GGAUAAAGGGGUUUCAGCCCUUUUGAAGGCACCAUGCAGCAUAAACAAAAAGCAGUCAAUAAAGAUUGAAAGAGAUGCGCCAUCUGUUGGUGACACCCAGAGUCAGCGAUAACACAGACCCCCACGGGGAGUCCCACCCAGGCCCCCACUACGGAAACAGCACUGUGUUGUGGAGACGGAACCAUGUCCACACAGAAUACCUGUGAGCUCAUUUCACCUGAAGGACAACAACAACCCUGAGCCUUCGAUUGGCCACGACAGCAGCCAAUCUGAACGCAAGGAAUGAGCCACGGGGAGGCCACUGCACCUAUCUGCACUCACCUGAUACUUUACCUGGCUGAGCUCAGACCCAGCAUCUCAUUACCUUUCCAAUACAAUCUAUAACUGAGGCUCAUUGUGUGCUGUAAGCUCCGGCAGUCGAGGUGUUCUUCUGUAUUUUGCUUUAUUCCGACAAAGACAAGGAGCCAUGGCUGUGGCUAAUUUCCAGUACAUUACCCGGAUGAGCAGUGGCUUCAAGGUCUACAUUUUAGAAGGUCAGCCACACCUCAGGAGCGAAGACAGACACAGACACAUCGCAAAUGACCGAGCUCGAGCCCCAACGGUGCAUCCAGCCAAACGCAAACACAGCCACGAGAGAGAACUGACAUUGGAGGAACGGCGAGAGCGGGUACUGAGCAGAAGCAGUGGUAAAGUUCCCCAAAGAGCAGCACCAGCACCAGUGGUGUUCAACAGGCCACAGAGCCCUACAUCUACCUGGAGUCCAACACCCAGUCCCACCAGCUCGCUGCCCUCCCACAUGUACUACGCACCAGUCAUGGAUGAACCACUCGCACUCAUCAAGAAACCAAGAAAAGACCCUGAACGCACCGAGGAAAAGACUAAAAGCUCUGCUCCCACUCAAAUCCAGAUGCGUCCCUCUGUGAUCACUUGCGUCUCCUCCUCCAGAACCCCCUCUUGCAGAUCUGAGAUGCACAGGAGCCCAUCAUCAGUGAUUUCCAAAUGCAGCUAUGACCACGUGGUCGAUGAGCAUUUCCAGAGGAGCCUCGGAGUGAACUAUCCGAAAGCUCGCUCCCAGCAGCUCUCCAUCAGCGUGUCUGUGGAUGACCACUUCACCAAGGCUUUGGGAGAUAAGUGGCUGCAGAUUAAACCCAAGUCUUCCUCCUGUUCUUCCACACCUCCCAGCAGUCCGAGUGUCACUCACUCCCCCACCUACAGACGCAGCCCGAACCAGUCCCACAAAGAGUCCACCAGCAGCUCAUCGCCAACUUCCAGCCGCUGGUCUGUCAAUUAAAGCCCAAAAUGACCUGUAAUACGGGAAGAAACUGUGACUUAUAACAUUUCACUGCGUGCAGCUCUGCUUGUCGAGCAAUGGAAAUGCCAGCGCUAGUGUUGAGAGGGCGAGCUAACAGAUGCAGGGGGGCUCUCACUUUGGACCUCUGUGUGCGAAUUUAAGACACAUUGAUCCAUAUGAAUGUAGCAAUAAUUGGGAUGUCUGUGUUUUGUUACAUUUCUAUCUUCUGCAUGUGGAUUGCAUCAGAAAACCUGAGGUACUGUGUAGAUGGUAAUGUGGGAUGAUUGAAAAAUCCGCCAAAUAAUCCUUAACAUUUCUUUGAUUUUGUGUCGUUGUUUUAUUGCAGUCUGAAUGCCGCAAUUUCGUUGUAUUAUAUUUAUGCUCUAAUAACACCUGGGUUCCUUAUAGUCUCAAAGACUAGCCUAUCUGCUGUAUAUUAA